UCCACACAUGAGCUGUUUUUUCUUCUACUUUCUUCUAUUUGGGAGUCCCUACACUGCUUCUACUUCCAUUUUCGUUUCUUCUUCAUGACAGUUCUCCUGUAAUGGAAGCUGGAGGGGACAUCUACAAGUGUUUCUUCAAUACUCGACAGCCGGAGAGCCCUUUAGAUCUGCGAGGGUUAGGUUGAGGAGAAGAAAAAGUUGCGAUUUUGUGAAGGGAAGAAGGUUCAGAAAUGAGUUUUGGUGGCUUAUUCGACAGCGAUUUGCCGUACGGCAGCGCCGCCAUGCCGGCCGGAGUUCUUUCUCAAACGCGAUUCCUUUCCAACUCUGCUAUCCCCAAGCCCAUGUUCGGUUCCGCUGGUCUCUCUCUCGGCCUGCAAUCGAAUCGGGAUGGAAAAGGAGAGUUCAGCCGGCUUUCUGUGGCGGUAUCCGCCGGCGACAGCCGUGGCGGAGGUGAGCUGGAUGUGCUUUGCCGGAAUAAGGAUGAGGAGAACGAGAGCAGAUCAGGCAGCGACAACUUAGAAGGAGGCUCAGGCGAUGAUCUUGAUCUAGAAAACCCUCGCAAGAAGAAGCGUUAUCAUCGUCACACACCUCAGCAAAUUCAAGAACUUGAAAGCCUGUUCAAGGAGUGCCCUCACCCCGAUGAGAAACAAAGAUUAGAGCUCAGCAAAAGGCUUCGGCUCGAGACUCGCCAAGUCAAAUUCUGGUUCCAAAACCGGCGAACUCAAAUGAAGACUCAAAUGGAGCGCCAUGAGAACACUAUCUUACGGCAAGAGAAUGACAAGCUCCGAGCGGAAAACAUAUCCAUCAGAGACGCAAUGAGGAACGCCAUCUGCAAUAACUGCGGCGGCGCCGCAGUGCUCGGCGACGUCUCGCUCGAAGAACAGCACCUGAGAAUCGAAAACGCGAGGCUAAAAGAUGAGCUCGAUCGCGUCUGCUCCCUCGCCGGCAAGUUUCUCGGCCGUCCUAUUUCCACUUCAAUGCCAAGUUCAUCUCUUGAGCUUGCCGUCGGUUGCAACGGAGGUUUCAGUAGCUACGGGUCGCUUGUUCCAACGUUUUCUGCUGUUUCUGAUUUCGUCAGCGGCGGCGGUUCGAACUCAUUGGGCACUGUUAUCACUCCUCCUUCGCGUUCAGUUGCUGUUGUGGAUAGAUCGUUGGAGAGAUCUAUGUUUCUGGAGUUGGCUUUGUCGGCCAUGGAUGAGCUCGUGAAGUUGACUGAAAUGGGUGAGCCGCUUUGGGUUGUUGGUGGGCAGGAUAAUGGGAAAGAAAUGUUGAAUAUUGAGCAGUAUGAGCAGUUAUUUCCUCGCUGUGUUGGUGUGAAAAGUUCUGAUUUUGUGUCGGAGGCAACGAGGGAGACGGCUAUGGUUAUCAUCAACAGUCUUGCUCUUGUUGAGACUCUCAUGGAUGCGACUCGUUGGUCUGAUAUGUUCCCUGGGAUGAUUGCGAGAACAACCACAACUGAUAUAAUAUCCACCGGAGUUGGCGGUACCAGAAACGGAUCUCUUCAGCUUAUGCACGCAGAGCUUCAGGUUUUAUCUCCGUUGGUUCCUAUACGGGAAGUGAACUUCCUCAGAUUCUGCAAGCAACUCGCCGAUGGUGCUUGGGCUGUAGUCGAUGUCUCCAUUGAUGGAAUCCGAGAUCACAAUUCUGCUACUUCUGCUGCUCUUGCUGCUAAAUGCCGCAGGCUUCCUUCCGGCUGUGUGGUUCAAGACAUGCCCAAUGGCUACUCCAAGGUGACGUGGGUGGAGCACGCCGAGUAUGACGAGGCGGCGGUGCACCAGCUCUACCGGCCGGUGCUCCGCUCCGGAAUGGCGCUCGGGGCGCAACGGUGGGUCGCUACUCUACAGAGACAGUGCGAGUGUCUCGCCGUGCUGAUGUCCUCAUCCGUUCCUAACCGCGAUCACAACUCGAUAACGGCGGCGGGUAGACGGAGUAUGCUGAAACUAGCGCAGCGGAUGACGGACAACUUCUGUGCGGGCGUGUGCGCGUCAUCGGCGCGCAAGUGGAGUCGUUUGCGGAACAUGGGAAGCAUUGGUGAGGACGUGAGAGUGAUGACAAGGCAGAGUAUGGACGAUCCCGGCGAGCCACCAGGCGUCGUCCUCUCCGCCGCCACCUCCGUCUGGCUCCCGAUCUCGCCGCAACGCCUCUUCGAUUUCCUCCGCGACGAAACCCUUCGUUGCCAAUGGGACAUCCUUUCUAACGGCGGACCUAUGCGGGAGAUGGCUCAUAUUGCUAAAGGCCAGGAUCAGGGUAACGCCGUCUCCUUGCUCCGCGCUAAUGCCGUGAACACGAACAAUAACAGCAUGCUAAUACUGCAAGAGACUUGCACCGACGCGUCGGGGUCGAUGGUGGUGUACGCGCCGGUGGACGUGCCGGCGAUGCAUCUUGUGAUGAACGGCGGUGAUUCAGCUUACGUGGCGCUGCUGCCGUCGGGAUUCGCGGUGAUGCCAGACGGCGCCGGUGUGGGGUCGCUUUUGACGGUGGCGUUUCAGAUACUGGUGAACAGUUUGCCGACGGCGAAACUAACAGUUGAGUCGGUGGAGACCGUUAGCAACUUGAUAUCUUGUACUGUGCAAAAGAUUAAGGUGGCUCUUCAGUGUGAGAGCUGAGGAAGAAUGGAAGGGUUGAGUCAAGAACGAACCGUGCGCGCGGUGGAUAAAAGAACCGUAUCUUUGCUAAGUGAUGAGGAGGCUGCCGGCGGCCGAAGAAGGGCGCGGUUUAUUUGUAAUCUUCAGCACAGAGCAAUGGUGGUGGUUCGGGUAUUGACUCAGCCUAUUUAUAUAUGUGAAGCUCAGCUGUUAUGUUCUUACAAACUGUUUUUUUGUUUUUAAUUAGUUGUUUUUUCGUGUGUGCUAACGUGUUGUUUAUGAUCUUCCAUUGUUGUGGGUUAAUCUCUUUAGUGUUAUAUGAAUAAUUAGGUUUUUUUUUGUGAUUA